AGCGUCACAUCGCAGAGCUUGCCCUGCCGCCGGAUCUCGCCCAUCACUCCAUAGCCGCGGCUGGGCAGGUCUCCCACCGAGAAAUGCACCAGAUCCUCGGGAUCCAGCUCCGGGUCCGCCGCCGCCGCCGCUUCCAGCAUCGUCCCGGCCACUCCCGUCCCGCUGCCGUCUCGCUUCGCCCCCGCCGCGCGCUGGCCCCGCCCGGCCGCCGUAUGCAGGGCCACUUCCGGGAGAGCCCGGAAGCAGCCGUUGCCAUAGAGAACCCGGAAGUGGACGCUGCCAUGGCGACCCCGGACGCCACGCCGGAAUCUACUGCAGAGGGGUCGCAGGAGGAAGAGGAGCAGGAGAGCUCUCAGGGGCAGGAAAAGAGUGCAAGUUCUGCGGGCAAAGCAGAGGGUGAACAUGAGAUUUCUGUGAGCUCUGUGAAAUUCCAGGAACAGGAGCAGAAGCACAGCCCAGAGCAGGGGAAGAAGGAGAAGGAUGAGGACCUGGAGAGCAUCAUCACCUCACUGCUUGAAAAAGAGCACGAGGGUGACAGCCCCAGAGCACCAAGUCGAGUCAUGGCGUUCGUGCGGGUCAAGCCAACUGCUCAUUUUGCCCAAGACAUGAUCAGGCUUGGGGCAGACAACAAGAGCAUCGAUAUCUACAUCCAGAAGAAUCCCAGGGGAGGAGUUGUGAAUAAUUCUCAGACUGACUGGUCCUUCAAGCUGGAUGGGGUCCUCCACAACACUUCCCAGGAAAUGGUUUAUGACACUGUGGCCAAGGACUUGGUGUGCAAAGCUCUGCAGGGCUACAACGGUACCAUCAUGUGCUAUGGGCAAACUGGAGCUGGCAAAACCUACACCAUGACAGGAGCAGCCUCUGAGUACAGGAACAGAGGGAUCAUCCCCAGAGCUAUCCAGCAGGUCUUCAAAUCAGCUGCAACAUUCCUCAAUAUCCUGGUGACUGUCCGAAUUUCCUACCUGGAGAUCUACAACGAGGCCCUGUUCGACCUCCUGGCGCCGGCGCUGGGCCGCGGCUGCAAGGACAACCAGCUGUGUGUCAUGGAUGGGCCCCAGGGGGUUUAUGUCAAGGGGCUCUCCAUCCACCCUGUCAGCCACGAGGAGGAGGCUCUGCAUCUCCUUUUUGAGGGUGAGACCAACAGAGUGAUAGGAGAGCACAGCCUGAAUAAGAAUUCCUCCAGAUCCCACUGUAUCUUCACCAUGUACAUUGAGUGUCGUUCCAGAGAUUACACAAAUCACAAAUGCCUUAAAUCUAAAAUCACCUUAAUUGACCUGGCAGGGUCUGAGAGGCUGAGCAAGACUGGGUCUGAGGGCCAGGUGAGGGUGGAGGCCGCCUACAUCAACAAGUCCCUGUCGUUCCUGGAGCAGCUGAUCAUCGCCCUGGCCGAUCCCAAGAGGGAGCACAUGCCCUUCAGGCAGAGCAAGCUCACCCACGUCCUCAAGGACUCGCUGGGGGGAGGCUGCAACACUGCCCUGGUGACAAACAUCUAUGGGGAAGCUGAGCACGUGGAAGAGACCCUGUCCUCCCUCCGCUUUGCCACCAGGAUGAACUGGGUGACAGCUGAGCCUGUCCCCAACGAGCCCUUCUACAGGGAGCCAUCAGUGAAGGCUCUGGAGGAGGAGAUCCAGCUCCUGAAGCAAGAGCUGAUCAUGCAAGUCAGCUUGACAAGUCAUUCCUUGAUGACUUACAACCCCCUGACUACAGCUCAGAGAGCAGAAAUCAGAUCCCAAGUCCAGAAAUACCUCAGAGGAGUCAUUGAGGAAAUCGAUAUUGUGAAUGUCAGGCAGAUCCAGGAGGUGUUUAGACAGUUCAAAGUGAUUUUAAGCCAACAGGAGGAAGAACUGGAAAACAGGCUCUGGAGCAAGUAUGGGAUGGGAUUCAUGCCUGGGGCUGGCUCCAUCUCCAGCUCUGAUCUGCGCAUGGAGGAGGCUGAGGAGGAGCAGGAGGAGGAGGAGGAAGAGGAGGAGGAAAGUGCAGCUGACCAGGAGGAGGAUUUGGAGGUUGAUGCAGGGACUCUUGAGAUUGGAACUCCUCCCACAUCCCCUGUUUCUGAUGGGGAGAAGGAAGCUGAUGAGAAGGAAAAAAUUGGGAGCCCUUCUCCUGAGGCAGGUCAGGAUGAAACCUCAUCAACCAAAAGUCCCACCAAGGAUCUGGAAGAGGAAGAGGAAGAUGAAGAGAAAGAGAAAGAGAAAGAGAAAGAGAAAGAGAGAGAAGAAGAACAAGAAGAAGAAGAAGAAGAAGAAGAAGAGGAAGAAGAUCAGGAAGAGGAAGACGAAGGAGAUGACCAAGACAGUGAUGAAGAGUGCUCAAUCGAUUCUGAGGAUGGCCAGGAUGCCCAGAACCUCAAGCCCAUUCUGUCCAAGCAGCAGGCCUUUGAGGUGUUCAAGAAGGAGACUGGACAGGAGAUCCACAGGAUCUUCAGGGACAACAAGAGAAUCCUCAUUGCCAAGAAGAAGGCAAGCCAUUCUGUGGCCCAGAGGCUCAACAGCCUCAAGGAGGAGGUGGAGACAACCAAGGAGGCUCUGGAGGCUCAGAGGAAGAAGCGGAGGCAGGAGGGAGAAUACACGGAUGAGAAAGGACAGGUGAUCAUCGACGAGAACGAGUUCUCCCUCAUUGUGAGGCUGAAGGAGCUGAAGGAGGAGCACAGGGCUGGCUUUUCUGAGCUGAAGGACCUGAAGGCAGAGAUCCAGUACUGCCAGCAGCUCGUGGAUAAGAGCAGGAAAAGGCUCAUCUCAGAGUUUGAGAUCUGGUACAACGAAAACUAUCGAAUCCCUAAGGAUGUGAAGGAAGCUCUGAAGCCUGGUGGGAACAUCAGACCUGGGAUGAUUCCCAUCAACAGAGUCAUGUCCCUGGAUGAAGAUGAGCAGGACAAGUUUGAGCAGGUGCAGGAGAAGAUGCUGCCAGACAGCCCGGGCUCCGUGUCCUUCUACAGGGCCAGGAUGAGGACAGAUCAAAAGCAAAGCUUCAGCAGCUCCCUGGACUCCCUCCAGAGCAUGCACAGGAAACCCGGACUGCUCCCGGAUGCUGACAAGAAGAAAGCCCUGACCUUCCUGUCCAUCUCAUAGCCUGCAUCCCAGCAUUCCCCAAGGAAUGGCACCUCAGCAAGUGCCCCCUGCUCGCGUCCACCAUCGAUUUACAAAAAUAAACAGCAGGAGAAGCGCCCCACGCAACCUUUGGGCAGGCAGGGAGUUACUGGGGAUCGAUGGCGCUGUUUGCACAGGGCAGGAGCCAGGCAGAUCCAGCUGGUGUUCCUGAGCCUCUGGAAAAGGCAGGAUCACAGCACAGAGGCUGCUGUGGGUAACCCAGGCUGCUCCUGAUUCCCUCUCUCCUGGUGCUGGAGUGCAGCUCUCCUGGGCUUGCUCCCACUGGAGCAACAACUCAUGGCUUGGCCUGUUGGAUCUGCCUGGAGAAGGGAAUGAAACAAAGAUUCAUUUCUGGGGAAUCACAGAAUGGUUUUGGUUGGGAAAGCCCUCCAAGAUCGAGUCCAACCAUUCCUCAGCACUGCCAAUGCCACCCCUGACCAUGUCCCCAAGUGCCACAUCCACAGGGUUUUUCAAUCCCUGCAGGGAUGGGACACCAUCCCUGCCCUGGGCAGCUUUGCAGAGUUUGAGAUCUCUCUCUCUUGGAGAGCCCUUUCCAGGAGGAACAUUCCCAAUAUUCCACCUGAACCUGCCCUUGAGGCCCUUCCCUCUGGUCCUGUUCCCUGGGAACACAGCCCGACCGCUCCUGGCUCCAACCUUCCUCCUUCCAGGGAAUUGCAGGAGCCAGAAGGUGCCCCCUGAGCCUCCUCUUCUCCAGGAUGAGCCCCUGCAGCUCCCUCAGAAGGAUCUGGGAUCUGGCAGGAGAAUGCUGAAAGCC